AUGUUGGGUAGUGUGAUCCGCCAGGCAGUUUCCAGACAAAUCGUCAGGAAUGCUCCGAUCUCGACGACAACCGCCGUCGCUCAGGCCGCCGGAGAGAAGAAAGAAGCGCCGAAAAAACGUAAAAAUCCGAAUUAUUUACACUUUUCAAUGUGAGAAGAUUUUCAGCAACAGUGUGGAAGUGUGACGAGAAGGCGCGUGAGCGAUUGGCCACUUUCGGAAAGUACGCGGCCGAGUGUCUGCCGAAAUUUGUGCAGAAAGUGCAAUUUGCCGCCAGAGACGAGCUCGAGCUGCUCAUCCAUCCGUCGGGCGUCGUGCCAGUUCUUUCCUUCCUCAAGGUUCAGUUUCACAACAAAUUUCUCAAUUUGCAAUUGUUUUUCUGCAGGGAAAUCACUCUGCUCAGUUCACCAACCUCACUUUCAUCACCGGAAUGGACGUUCCGUCGAGAACGAACCGUUUCGAGGUGAUCUACGCGCUCUAUUCGGUCCGGUUCAACGCGAGAAUCCGCGUGCGCACCUACGCCGACGAAAUCGCGCCGAUCGACUCGGUUGUGUCCGUUUUCAAGGGAGCCGAAUGGUUCGAGCGUGAAGUGUACGACAUGUACGGCGUUUGGUUCAACAACCAUCCGGACCUGCGCCGCAUCCUGACCGACUACGGAUUCGAGGGCCAUCCAUUCCGCAAGGACUACCCGCUCUCCGGCUACCAGGAGGUCCGCUACGAUCCCGAACUGAAACGCGUCGUGUACGAGCCGUCCGAGUUGGCGCAAGAGUUCCGUAAAUUCGACCUCAACACUCCAUGGGAGACGUUCCCGGCGUUCCGCAACGAAUCCAAGACCGCCGGCUACGAGACCAUUCUGGAGCCGGCCGCAGCUGCUCCGCAACAGACUAAAUAA